AUAAUUGGUUUCCUUGCUAGUUGUGGGUUCUGGCAAUGCCUAUAUAAGAAGAUCUCCUCAUGGUUAAUGGCACACAUGUUGCGCGCUUGUUCUUUUCUUUGCCAACCUCGCAGACUGACCAUUCCAUUUCUGCUACACCAACAUCAGCAUCGUACAUUCUAUAGAUUCUACCCAAUACUCUUCAAGGAAAUGUGGUUCGACUGUCUUGGAGCUCUGGUUGUCAUUGGCAUCGUGUGCUGGAUUUAUCGGUGGAGGAAUCCUAGAUGCAAUGGAAAACUUCCGCCGGGCUCGAUGGGCUUGCCACUCCUCGGCGAGACCCUCCAAUUCUUCGCUCCAAACACUUCUCAUGAUAUCUCUCCAUUCAUCAAAGAGAGAAUGAAGAAUUAUGGACCAAUAUUCAGGACAAGUUUGGUGGGACGGCCAGUCAUAGUAUCGACGGAUCCGGAUUUCAAUUACUUUAUUUUCCAACAAGAGGGAAACCUGUUCCAGAGCUGGUACCCAGACACCUUCACAGAGGUUUUCGGCCGACAAAAUGUGGGUUCGCUCCAUGGUUUCAUGUACAAAUACCUCAAAAAUAUGGUGCUGAGUCUCUUUGGCCCUGCAAGCCUCCAAAAGAUGCUCCCGGAAGUUGAGAAGACUGCAUACGGAAGAUUACAGCAGUGGUCAUGUCAGCACAUGAUUGAAGUAAAAGAAGAAACAGCAAGUAUGAUAUUCCAUCUGACAGCAAAGAAGUUAAUAAGCUACGAUUCAGAGAGCUCUUCAGAAAAUCUCAGGGAAAGCUUUGUCUCAUUCAUACGAGGAUUGAUUUCCUUUCCAUUGGACAUUCCUGGUACCGCCUAUCACAACUGCUUACAGGGAAGGAAAAGGGCAAUGAGGAUGCUGAAGAACUUGCUACAAGAAAGGAGGAUGAUGCCCAGGAAACAACAAAAUGAUUUUUUUGAUUAUGUGCUUGAAGAACUUCAAAAGGAGGGAACAAUUCUUACAGAGGCAAUCGCAUUGGAUUUAAUGUUUGUGUUACUAUUUGCCAGCUUUGAGACUACUUCCCUUGCUCUGACAUUAGCCAUGAAGUUUCUUUUAGAGAACCCCACGGCACUGAAGAGAUUGACGGAAGAACACGAGGCCAUCAUAAGGAAAAGGGAAGAUGCUGAUUCUGCACUGACCUGGAAGGAGUACAAAUCAAUGACAUUUACAUUUCAGGUGAUAAAUGAAACAGUCAGGCUCGCAAAUAUAGUUCCAGGAAUCUUCCGGAAAGCACUGAGACAAAUUCAAUUCAAAGGCUACACCAUACCAGAAGGUUGGGCUGUUAUGGUUUGUCCACCAGCCGUACACUUAAAUCCAGCAAAAUAUGAAGAUCCUCUGACAUUUAAUCCAUGGAGAUGGGAGGGGAUGGAUGUACACGUUGCAUCUAAACAAUUUAUGGCUUUUGGUGGGGGUAUGAGAUUCUGUGUUGGGACUGACUUCACAAAGGUUCAGAUGGCGGUUUUUCUCCAUUGCCUAGUGACAAGAUACAGGUGGCAAGCAAUUAAAGGAGGCAAUACUGUCCGCACACCGGGUUUACAAUUUCCAGAUGGCUUUCAUAUUCGAAUCUGGGAGAAAGAGUCGCUCGCAAAAAGGGAAAACUAAUGUACAUCUAGAUAGCCAAACCUGAACAACAGCAACCAGAACAAUGGUCUUGUUUCAGCAGCAAGCAAAAGUAUUGCAGCUUGAUGCCUAGCAAUCAAAAUGGCUGUUGACAAGCUAGAGAAGGGAACAGUUGUCAACAAUAUACUUCAAGAUGCAUGAAGCCAAUG